AUGAAACGUAAAAAACAAGAGGAGGCAGAACCUAUUGAAGAACAUGAUAGUGGUUUUGUGGGGCCUAUGACAUUAUUUGAUACAUUUCCCCAUAAUGAUACAUUUGCAGAAAUGCGUACUCUUGAAUUACUACCCAAUCCUUCGACCGAAAAUGCUGAAAUUUAUACCUUCAUGCAUAAUCGACAAGAUUAUGGUGUAAUAGAUAUGGAAGAUGCUAAAUUAUCAGCAAAAUUACGACUUGUUACAUCGGCUAAUGGGAACGCACAGGCAGCCACUGUAAAUGCGUGUGUUAACAUAGCCCUGUUACGUUAUGGGUGGAAAACCAAAGCUGUGUAUUUAAAUAAUCAGUUAAUUACCCCUCAAUCCAGUAAAGAAAAUGAACUUGAGUAUACUCAUGAUUUUCUAACAACCGUUCCUUCGGAAUAUUUGGAUGAUAAGCAAAUUAAUUUAAUGAUUCGUGACACACCAGGUCAUAUGGAUGUGAUCACAAAUUUACAUCAUAGUACGAAUGCGACCGGUAAUACAAAUAUUGGUGCACGGCAACGAUAUAAUGCAAUUAACCGGGCCGUAAUUCAUACUUGUAUUGAUAAAUUGGAUUUAUUGGGUCGUGUUAAAAGGUAUGUACCCACAUCAUUUGAUAUCAAAGUGGUUUUAACAAGAUUAGAAAAAACCAAAGUCAUCUAUGGUACGGCUGCCGAAUGUACCUUGUUAGAUUUACGAAUGCGUGAUUUAAAAUUAUCCAUACCAAUUUUAAAACCCAAUGCGUAAUUAUCGGGAGCCAUUAAUGAUUUGAUGAUUCAAAAAGGUGAAGAAUGUCGUUAUUAUAAAAUCACACACCGGUAUGUUGCAAUACCCGUACCUCAAAAUAGCCGACAUAUUCAACAUAAAGAUAUCUUCAAUGGUGCACGACCUACACGUCUUAUAUCAAAAAUUGUAUCCCAAGACCGUUACAACGGCUCGCAUAUAUUGUCACCUUAUCAUGUAGCUUUUCCUGAUAUCGCGCGUUUUGCUGUCAGCAUCAAUGAAGCCGAAAUACCCCCUGUAAUCACAAAUUCAGCAGAGGCCUACGUUAAUUUACGUCAAACCUUGGAUCGUCGCCAUAGUGAAAUGCCGUGUACAUAUAAUGAAUAUGUAUCCGAUUACGGUAUGAUGGUUUCUCACAAGUUUUACCCAAUUCAACAAGCGGAAAUUUGA